AUGAACUACCCCCAGUCUCACCCCUGGUCCCAGGGCGAGAACGAGAGCUGGGCGGUUUGCUCACAACCGCCAGGAUCUGGGAUGCCUUGUUCGUACUCUUAUUAUAGCCCUCAGUGGGGUGGCUCGGUACUGGUUUCUGAGGAGGCGACUGCAUCGCCGGUGUCUCGGCCUUCGAUAGCAGAUCAAUCAUACUAUACUUCCUCCCUUAGCUCAGUCUCUCCAAAGGUGAGUACUGAUAACUAUCUUAUUACUUCGACUAGUUCUCAAGCUAAUCCCUCUCACACACAGAGAAGCUUUGAUCGGGAAACCUUCACAGACUGGAACGACGAAUCUUUCUUUACUCCAGCCUCAUUCUGUGCUCAGGAUAAUCCUUAUCCUAGACAUCCAAAUGUUUCUAAGAACAUGGCCCAACCUAUGAAAAUUCGUCCAACACCGUCACAAUCUGUUUCAACGUCUCCUCGUCAGUCGCCAUCGGGGUCUCUCGAUAGCACCAGUCCCGCUACCAACAAUGCCGUUGGUGAUGAUAGCUCGCCGAGAACUAGCUUCGGGGAAAAUAGCGAGGAAGACCCCAUGACCGAACCGCCUUAUUCCGCCCUGAUCUAUGACGCCUUAAAAGAUGCUCCGCAAAGAAAGCUGACCCUCCAAGAUAUUUAUGGAUGGUUUCAACGCAAUACCAACAAGGACAGAGAUCCAACUUCGAGAGGUUGGCAGAAUAGCAUCCGUCAUAAUCUGUCAAUGAACCAGGGGUUCGAGGCCAUCAAGGGCGAAGGCAAAGACAAUAAACCAGUCAAUUUUUGGCGCUUGACAGACAAAGCGUAUGAAGAAGGCAUUCAAUCGACGACCCGAUAUCGCAAGGCGAACCAGCGCAAGGGGCACAGCUCGGAUCCCACAACGCGCGAGCGUCGACGCUCUGGGUCCAAAGGUGGGAAAGCAGCGAAAAAUACGGCGGCCAGGAUGCGUAAUAGCCCGCAUUACGAGCAGUCCAGAGACCAAAAAUACGAGAAUUCGAUGUCACAUAAACCCCGCUCGCUUGGUCAGCCUCAUCGACAACUGCGAUGUCCCCCCAUUGGCGCUCCACAAAGCAGUGCUAGCAUAUCUCCCUACCAGAUGACUCUAGGGCCGACCCCAUCCGGACUUCCCAUCACCAGCUCAUCUCAAAACCACGCUCCUGAUGAGGUGAUCAGCUGCACAACCCCUCCUCCUGGAAACUAUCCUGUCUUCUAUGGCACUGGAGGAGGAUUGGAACCUUCGGCCUUGAGCAUGGGCCAAGGCCAACUGGGCUAUUAUGGACCAGUCUAUUCCCACCAUGAACUUGGUGUUAGCCCCGAUACUGCAACUGAUCUCCAAUAUGUGUGA